AGCAGCGGCCUGUCCAUGUCAGUCGGCGUGCGCCGUGUGCCGGCGAUUUCUGUGAUUCAUUUUCGGUGGAGCCGGAUGGUCGCGGUGGCUGCGUCGACCGAGAUGCCUCCCGCGGCGAGGGAGCAGGAAGGGAAGAAGACCUUUGUGGACGAAAUGAAGGCUGCCUCGGUGCGGUUGCACACCAAGGACCAGGCCAAGGGAGGGGAGAAGGAGCCCGAUAAACUGCCAGUCAAUGUGCGGGAGCCUACCGUUGAGGGCUACCUGCAGUUCCUCGUUGACAGCAAGCUCGUCUUCGAGAUGCUCGAGACCAUCGUUGAUCGCGCCGUCGUCCCCUGCUAUGCGGAGUUUCGUAAUACUGGGUUAGAGAGAUCAGAGGCACUGAAGAAAGAUCUGAAAUGGUUCAGCGAACAGGGUCACAAAAUUCCAGAACCAUCUGCUCCUGGCACCGCAUAUGCUUCCUAUCUGGAAGGGUUGUCUGAGAAGGACACGCAAGCAUUUAUCUGUCACUUCUAUAAUGUGUACUUUGCUCACUUUUCUGGAGGUCGAAUGAUCGGCACAAAGAUUGCUGAGAAGCUUCUGAACAAGAAAGAGCUGGAAUUUUACAAGUGGGAAGGCACCCUGUCCCAACUGUUGCAGGAUGUCCGCACCAAACUUAACCAAGUUGCUUCUAGCUGGUCCCGGGAAGAGAAGAACCACUGCCUGGAGGAGACCGAGAAGUCGUUCACCUAUUCCAUGGACCUGCGCCAAGUAUUCACCUGA